AUGAUUGCAAAAUUGAAACAACAUGGAAAACAAGUAUUUGACAUACAAUGGGCAUUAUCAUCAAAUGUCACGCAAAUGUCAUUUAAUUUAUCAACUGUCGCAUUUGCUAGUUCUAAUGUAUUAUCUACUAUGGAAUGGCUUCCGAUCAACACUACAAUAGCAGUAUCUGUGUUACAUUUAGGAAGUUUUCUUUCUCCCAAUGGAACUGUCUUACUCUUAACAAGAACAGAUAUACAUCCAUUUGAGUCUGUAACAGUUGUACCAGUAAAUAUGUCGACACAGUAUUCUAUUGUCGUAUUAGAACGUGCAUUCGAUACUCCCAACUGUACAAGUGUAUAUGCAUUAAUAAGUACAAAGUUUAUGAGUUCGGCUACUUUAGUCGCAGAAAUAUCUAUUAUUAAUGGUUCAUUAUUGCGCCAAUUCGAUGCUUCAUCGUUUGAAAUACAUUUAGGAUUGUCUGAUAUUUGGGAUAUUCCAUUUAAUGAUGAUAUUUUUGUAAUGAUGAAUGGUAUUGGAAUCAUAAGUCUUGAACGACAAUCUCUGGAAUUAAGAAAGGUUUACAAGCCAAUGGAUGGCAUAUUUCCUAUAGAUUUAGUUGGUGGUGCAGUAUUAAGUGAUAUCGACACUAUCAUUUGGUCUAAUAUAACACGACCAAAUAAUUUGACUGAACUUCGUAUAUGGAAUUUUGUUACACAAGAGAAUUCUUCUUCAAUAUUGUUGACAAAUGCAAGUUACAAAGACUUGGAAUUGACAUCAUCAUUCAUCGGAAUUGAUUCUAAUACUGGUAAUAUAUGGACUACAUUUAUGUCAUUUGGACCUGAUCCAUAUCUCGCUACUAGCCUUAUUUAUCAUUAUAUUAAUAAAAGUCAAGUCAUUCAUAGUGAAAUACGAUUGGGUGAAUGGACAGGCUGGGUACAAGUUGAUCAUUCUCAAGUGGGUGCACUGGUUAUUAACGAUUCAUUAAUUGUAGUUACAUUAAAUGAAUCCAAUUCUGUAGUUAUACAAAAAUUUAUUGAUGUUUAA